AUGAAUAAUAGGAUAUUAAAAGAAUUUUUAAAGGCUAACUUUAUUGAAGCUAAAACACUCAAACUCGUUAAAACUGAUAAUGGAGUACCACAGGGAGGUAUCAUAUCACCAAUCAUAUCUAAUAUGGUGUUAGAUGGUUUAUAUGAUCAUAUAAUUAAAGAUUUAACUAGAAGGGGUAUAAACUCUAGUAGUAUUAAGAAUACGAAAUUUGUCAGAUAUGCUGAUGAUUUCUUAGUAACCUUCCCAUAUGACUGA